CCAAGGCUGGGGAGUCGGUUGCGGCUGCGGAGUAUCUGUCUCUUCGGUUCGCUCUGCAGCUUCGGGUCUUCCGUGGGAUGCGUGUCCCAGCUCUGCUCUCGGUGGCUGUCGUCACGCAGGGCUCACACCGUCCGCCUCCUGCAUGGGCCUGAACAGCCUGCCUGCGCACAAGCCGUGAUUUCACAAGAUGUUUUAAGCAUCCUCCUUAAGAGUCCAUAGAAUUGUACUGUGCUUACUGAGCAACACAGUCCACGUAUGAACAACGAGAAAUGGUAGUGAGUAGGGAGGAAGUGAUGAGUGUGUUUGUUCCAAAGGAAAUACAAGGCCUUUAAAAAUAUAUAACCAUUUAUGAGUUGAGCCUCAUUCUUGAGUUAUGGAUGACAAGGCUUCUGUUGGAAAAAUCAGUGUCUCCUCAGACUCAGUAUCUACUCUUAAUAGUGAAGAUUUUGUCUUGGUUUCCAGGCAAGGAGAUGAGACACCAUCUACAAAUAACGGAAGUGAUGAUGAGAAGACUGGACUAAAGAUUGUAGGGAAUGGAAGUGAGCAGCAGCUGCAGAAAGAGCUCGCAGAUGUGCUGAUGGACCCUCCCAUGGAUGACCAGCCAGGGGAAAGGUCACAGCCAGAUGGUGAAGGAGAUGGGCCUCUUUCUAAUCAACUCUCAGCUUCGUCUACCAUUAACCCUGUGCCACUAGUAGGACUUCAAAAACCAGAGAUGAGUUUGCCAGUGGAACCUGGACAAGGAGAUUCUGAAGUGUCAAGUCCUUUCACACCAGUGGCUGAUGAGGAUAGUGUGGUUUUUAGUAAAUUAACUUACUUAGGCUGUGCCUCAGUAAAUGCUCCCCGGAGUGAAGUGGAAGCCUUGAGGAUGAUGUCCAUCUUGAGAAGUCAGUGUCAGAUUUCUCUGGAUGUGACCCUCUCAGUGCCGAAUAUAUCUGAAGGAACUGUGAGACUUUUAGAUCCUCAGACCAACACUGAAAUAGCAAACUACCCUAUCUAUAAGAUCCUCUUCUGUGUCAGAGGACACGACGGCACCCCUGAAAGCGACUGCUUUGCCUUCACUGAAAGUCACUAUAACGCAGAGCUCUUCAGGAUACACGUCUUUCGCUGUGAAAUACAAGAGGCUGUGAGCCGGGUCCUCUACAGUUUUGCCACUGCCUUCCGUCGUACUGCCAAGCAGACCCCACUCUCAGCCACUGCCACACUGCAGACUCCAGACAGUGACAUUUUUACCUUCUCUGUGUCUUUAGAAAUAAAAGAAGAUGAUGGUAAAGGUUAUUUUAGUGCUGUUCCCAAAGACAAGGACAGGCAAUGCUUUAAACUUCGACAGGGAAUUGAUAAGAAGAUCGUCAUCUGUGUGCAGCAAACAGCUAACAAAGAACUUGCCAUUGAAAGGUGCUUUGGUCUUCUCCUUAGCCCAGGAAAAGAUGUCCGAAAUAGUGAUAUGCAUUUGUUGGACCUGGAGUCUAUGGGCAAAAGUUCAGAUGGAAAGUCAUACGUUAUUACUGGAAGCUGGAAUCCAAAAUCCCCACAUUUUCAAGCUGUGAAUGAAGAGACUCCUAAAGACAAAGUGUUGUUCAUGACAACAGCUGUGGAUUUGGUGAUAACAGAAGUACAGGAACCCGUUCGUUUUCUCUUGGAGACGAAAGUUCGAGUUUGUUCGCCUAAUGAAAGGUUGUUCUGGCCCUUCAGCAAACGCAGCACUACUGAAAACUUCUUUCUGAAACUGAAGCAGAUAAAGCAAAAGGAGAGGAAGAAUAAUGCUGACACUUUAUAUGAAGUUGUGUGUUUGGAAAGUGAGUCAGAGAGAGAGAGGAGGAAAACUACAGCCAGUCCUUCAGCUCGCCUGCCACAGUCUGGAUCUCAGAGCUCCAUGAUCCCCUCUCCUCCAGAAGAUGAUGAAGACGAAGAUAAUGAUGAACCUCUCUUGAGUGGAUUUGGUGAUGUAUCCAAAGAAUGUGCAGAAAAAAUUCUUGAAACAUGGGGAGAACUACUGUCCAAAUGGCAUCUCAACUUGAGUGUGAGACCGAAGCAGUUGUCAUCCUUAGUGAGAAGUGGUGUCCCGGAAGCUCUUCGUGGAGAAGUCUGGCAGCUGCUAGCGGGCUGCCACAACAAUGAUCACUUAGUAGAAAAGUACCGAAUUCUCAUCACAAAGGAGUCUCCCCAGGACAGUGCCAUCACCAGAGACAUCAACCGUACGUUUCCAGCGCAUGACUACUUCAAGGACACAGGGGGAGACGGACAAGAUUCCUUGUAUAAAAUAUGCAAGGCAUACUCUGUGUACGAUGAAGAAAUUGGUUACUGCCAGGGCCAGUCCUUCCUCGCGGCUGUGCUGCUUCUCCACAUGCCCGAAGAACAGGCAUUCAGUGUUCUGGUAAAGAUCAUGUUUGACUAUGGCCUCAGGGAACUUUUCAAGCAAAAUUUUGAAGAUCUACAUUGCAAGUUCUACCAGUUGGAGCGCCUUAUGCAGGAAUACAUUCCUGACCUGUACAACCACUUCCUGGAUAUCAGCCUUGAAGCACACAUGUACGCCUCCCAGUGGUUUCUUACACUUUUCACUGCAAAAUUCCCUCUCUACAUGGUCUUCCAUAUCAUGGACCUGCUGCUCUGCGAGGGAAUAAGUGUCAUUUUUAAUGUCGCCCUUGGAUUACUGAAGACUUCCAAGGACGACUUGCUGCUGACAGACUUUGAGGGUGCCUUGAAGUUCUUCAGGGUUCAGCUCCCUAAAAGGUACCGCUCAGAAGAAAAUGCAAAGAGGCUUAUGGAGCUGGCCUGCAACACGAAGAUUAGCCAGAAGAAGCUGAAGAAGUAUGAAAAAGAGUACCACACCAUGAGGGAGCAGCAGGCCCAACAGGAAGACCCCAUUGAGCGGUUUGAGCGGGAAAAUAGGCGGCUGCAAGAAGCUAACAUGAGGUUGGAACAGGAAAAUGAUGACUUGGCUCAUGAGCUGGUCACUAGCAAGAUUGCACUGCGGAAGGACCUGGAUAAUGCAGAGGAAAAGGCAGAUGCACUGAAUAAGGAGUUGCUGAUGACCAAACAGAAGCUGAUUGAUGCAGAAGACGAGAAGAGGCGGUUAGAAGAGGAGUCUGCACAGUUAAAGGAAAUGUGCCGCCGGGAACUUGACAAGGCAGAAUCAGAGAUUAAAAAAAACAGCUCUAUCAUUGGUGACUAUAAGCAGAUUUGUUCUCAAUUGAGUGAAAGACUGGAGAAGCAGCAGACAGCCAAUAAAGUAGAAAUUGAGAAGAUUCGGCAAAAGGUAGAUGACUGUGACCGCUGCCGAGACUUCUUUAAUAAAGAAGGGAGAGUGAAGGGUACCAGCUCAGCCAAGGGGGUUUCAGAUGAGGACACGGAUGAAGAAAAAGAGACACUCAAGAACCAGCUGCGGGAAAUGGAGCUGGAACUGGCCCAGACCAAACUACAGUUGGUGGAAGCCGAGUGCAAGAUCCAGGACUUGGAACACCACUUGGGCCUUGCCCUCAGUGAGGUGCAGGCAGCCAAGAAGACCUGGUUUAACCGCACACUGAGCUCCAUAAAGACAGCAACUGGAGUUCAAGGGAAAGAGACAUGCUGAGACCAGCUGCUGCCUCCAGACACCUCCAGAAAACACACCACCUUUGGUUGCCUUCUUUGGCCAGAUGUGUGAUUCUGUGACAUGUUCCAGGACCAGAAUGUACCUAGCUCAGAGCUGUAUAGCAAGUUUGUAGAUCAGUGGGCCAGGGCUCCUGCAGCAGGCUGCCAGCCCCACGGAUGCUCUGGCAUGUACCCGCCUGAGGGCCAUCCAGGCCUCUGCUGUGUAUGAGCACCUCACCCAGUCAGAGUUGAGGUAUCCUACAAUGUGUUAGUUUUUUGAUUUCUAAACCCUUUAUUUAAAAAGACAAGAAAAAUACACACACACACACACACACACACACAUCCUUUAGGUUAGGUGCAGAGGUUCAGUGCUGCCAGAAGUCCCCAGAGAGACAAGAAGCACUUUGUUUGAGUAGAAGAGCUUUGUAGUAAUGGCUCAAGUCACCUAAUUUUGUUAAUCAGUAUAGUGCACAGGUUUUGAUUUGGCAUUAUUCACAUUUCUGAGCAAUUCUAUGCAACUCUCAUAGUCCUGUCUUUUUUUUUUUUUUUUAGCAUUAGCUGCCAAAACAACUUCAGAAGGCUGGCAUGGGCCACAUGACUGUGAGACUGAAUUAAUCAUGAUGUGGACAGCUCUUUGUUUAAUGUGUCCUGUGUACAUAUGUGUGUGUAUGUAUUAGUAUAAAUAUAUAGAUAUAUAGAUAUAUAUAUAUAAAUACCUUUCCCAGUACCCUGCACUGACAGUGUUUAAAUCCCAGACUCAGCCGACAAUUAGUACCACUGCCGUCUGUGGUUAUGGAGCACUUCCUGUUCUUUCUGCCAUUGUGGGAGCUGGCAAGAGCUCCUUCACCUCUAAUGUUUGCACAAGUGAGGAAGACUGAGCUGUGUAUGCACACACUAUACGGUCCUACUUCCUGGCCUGUGGAUCUCACUGGUCAGAUGGGCUGCAGAGUCUUACUUCAAAAGCUAUAAAUUAGUGGUUUUAGCACUUUUUUUUUAAUUAAAAAACAAAACCUUUUGACUUAAUUUAUGUGGCGAUAUGCUGACAAGCAGUCUCAGAGGGGUUCGUUCUUUCUGCCCUUUGGAGGUGGCAUGGGUUUGUAUAUAAGGACUCUUGAGUCAUUUUCUCUUUCCCUGUUGGCUUUACUAAUGCUUGAUGAGAGAUCUACAGUGGGGAGAUAACAAGUGGCCAACCCUUCCCCAUACCAUCCCCCACCACUUCCAGUGUCUGUCUUGUUCAGUUAGUUACCACACCAGCUGUAAGCCCAUCUAAAACUAGGUGUGUGGACAUUGUACUAGGGUAGUUUGUGCGUCAACUUUAUGAACUGAAAUAUAAACCAGUAAAAUUGUAUUACUAUUUCUUUUGUUCGUUUUAACAGCAUAUUCAUUAAAUAUUUUGGUACAAACGGCA